UUCCAUUUUCUCUUUAGAGGCUGAUCUCAAGUCUCACCCAUAACAUCAACAACCACACACCCACCACCACCAAAUCUCCCAGGAUUCAUCUCAUUAUAUCUCAAACUCCUUCAAUCAAUCCUCGUUUUGAUUCCCAGGGAAGAGAUGAAGAUCAGCGUGAAGGAGUCGACGAUGGUGCGGCCGGCGGAGGAGACGCCGCGGAUUAGGCUGUGGAACUCGAACGUGGACCUGGUGGUGCCCAACUUCCACACGCCGAGUGUCUACUUUUACCGGCCCAACGGCGCCGACGACUUCUUCGAGUCGAAGGCGCUCAAGGACGGGCUGAGCCGGGCGCUGGUGCCGUUCUACCCCAUGGCCGGCCGGCUCACGAGGGACGAAGAUGGGCGUAUUGAGAUCGACUGCAAUGGCGCCGGCGUGCUGCUCGUCGAGGCGGAGUCCGAUGGCAUCGUCGAUGACUUCGGCGAUUUUGCGCCCACUUUGGAGCUCCGGCAGCUUAUCCCCACGGUGGAUUAUUCUCAAGGAAUUGAAUCCUACGCUCUCCUAGUUUUGCAGGUUACACAUUUCAAAUGCGGCGGAGUGUCCCUGGGUGUCGGAAUGCAACACCACGCGGCGGACGGAGCUUCCGGCCUCCACUUCAUCAACACGUGGUCCGACAUGGCUCGCGGCCUCGACCUCACCGUGCCGCCGUUCAUAGACCGGACUCUCCUCCGUGCGCGGGAGCCGCCUCAGCCGCAGUUCCAGCACGUGGAGUACCAGCCGCCGCCGGCCCUCAAGGCCUCCCAACCGCAGAAUGCAACGUCAGACACGGCGGUCUCCAUAUUCAAGUUAUCGAGAGAUGAGAUCAGUGCCCUGAAAGCCAAGUCCAAGGAAGACGGCAACACCGUCGCCUACAGCUCCUACGAAAUGCUGGCUGGCCAUGUCUGGCGUUGCGUGUGCCGGGCACGUGGGCUGACGGAGGAUCAAGAAACCAAGCUGUACAUAGCCACCGACGGCCGUUCCAGGCUGCGGCCUUCCCUUCCGACUGGCUAUUUCGGCAACGUCAUCUUCACGGCCACCCCCAUAGCCGUCGCCGGCGACCUCCAAUCCAAGCCUGUCUGGUUCGCGGCCAGCAAGAUUCACGAUGCGCUGGGCAGGAUGGACAACGAUUACCUCCGAUCAGCGCUGGACUACCUGGAAUUGCAGCCGGAUCUGAAAGCUCUGGUUCGCGGCGCACAUACUUUCCGGUGCCCAAAUCUGGGGAUUACGAGCUGGGUUAGGCUGCCGAUCCACGACGCCGAUUUCGGAUGGGGGAGGCCCAUCUUUAUGGGGCCGGGAGGGAUUGCUUAUGAAGGGCUGAGCUUCAUGCUGCCCAGUCCUGUAAAUGAUGGCAGCUUAUCAAUCGCCAUUUCUUUGCAGGAAGAGCAUAUGAAACUCUUCAAAGACUUCCUGUAUGAUAUUUGAACCGACAAAUUAAAACAACAUCUGCUGUCCGGUUGUACCCGGCUUGUUAAUGUCUGGUUUUUUCCUUGGACAAAUGGACAAUAUAUCUUGGAGUUUAAUAUAUAGUAAGUGAGAUCUUUGAUAAUAUAUAGAUAUAUGAUUUUCAUGUAUGUAUAUAUCUGGACAGAAAAUGUACUAAGGAACUUCUAUGGUGCAAAUUGGCACCUUAGCUUGUUCCCUUUUGUACAUUUGGGAUUGUUGGUGUUAAUAUAAUAAACGCACGCA